AUGGCUAGUGACGAAGAAUACUCGGAGGCUGAGUCUGACGACUCGCUGUACAACUACGAAUCCAGAAACACGUCUGUUGAUCUUAUCUGUCCCAAGAAUCCUAAUCUGACUAGUGAUGAUUCGGAGUUCGAUAUAGAUGAAGUAGAUUCCAGUGAUUACGAUGAAGAAGAUGAUAUAGAUAACUCCCUGCUGGCGACACCUGUCUCGCCGUCAACGAAGAAGGCUUUAAGCGAGGGAAGUGUACCUAAUUUGAAAUAUGAAUGCCUAACCACUAAAGAGAUUUAUGAAAAGAUGUUAAAACGAAUAAACCAUUUACAACCUGUAUUUUCCAUUCCUCCAGAUGAUGUGUUAGUGCUGAUGCAACAUUAUGAUUGGAACGAAGAAAGAUUACUGGAAGCCUGGACAGAAAAAAUGGAUGAACUAUUACAACAAAUCGGACUGAAAUCAGCUGAGGUAAAUGGAUCUUCGGAUGUUCGUGGGAUCAAGCAUAGAAAUGAUUUCAUGUGUAUAAUUUGUUGCGAGGAGAAAAACACAGAUACUUUUUCACUUGAAUGUGGUCACGAAUACUGUCUUGAUUGUUAUCGACAUUACAUUCAAGAUAAAUUACACGAGGGCAACAUUAUUACGUGUAUGGACUGUUCUUUAGUGUUGAAGAAUGUUGAUAUUGAUCAAAUAAUGGGUCAUGCAUCCAGUACGAAAUUGAUGAAUUCAUCCAUUAAGAGUUUUGUUCAGAAGCAUCAUAGGAAUUAUAAAUGGUGUCCCUAUGCUGAUUGUAAACAUAUCAUUCAUUUGAAAGAUACUUCCUCCUUGGCAGAAUAUGGACGUCUUCAUUAUUCUCCCUUUGUCAAAUGUAGUGAAGGUCAUCGAUUUUGUUUCAGUUGUGGCUUUGAAAUACAUGCUCCAGCAGACUGUAACAUUACUAGUGCUUGGGUAAAGAAGGCAAAGAAGGAAUCUGAAAAUUUAAAUUGGGUACUAUCACAUACAAAGGAAUGUCCCAAAUGUUCUGUUAGUAUUGAAAAAAACGGUGGUUGCAAUCAUAUGGUUUGUUCCAACUGUAAGUAUCAAUUCUGUUGGAUAUGUGAGGGCGAUUGGGCUCCUCAUGGGAAGAGCUUUUAUGAAUGUACGAUAUAUAAGAAUGAUGAUACUAAAUCUAAAGGUGCUCAAGAAGAUCCCGGCAAACAAUUAAAGAAGUACACAUUUUACUAUAGACUAUUUAAUGAGCAUGAAGUUUCAGCUAAACUUGAUUGGAAACUUGGGCAAACAGUAGGUCAUAAAGUGAAGGCAUUACAAGAUAGGAUGGGUGUAUCUUGGAUUGAAGGGUUGUUUUUAAUUGAAAGUAUUAAGACUUUGAAUGAAGGACGUACGGCGUUGAAAUGGUCGUUUGCCGUUGCCUUUUAUUCUGAUGCAUCUCAUAAUUUAACCAAGAUUUUCCUUGAUAAUCAAAUGUUGUUAGCUAAGGCUGUAGAGGAUCUAUCUGAACUUUUACAAAUUAAGGAACCAGAGACAAUAAUGAAGAGGAAACCAGAAUUUUAUAAUAAGUCUGGUUAUGUUGAGAAUAGACGGACUGCUUUAAUGGAAUGUGGAAGGGAUUUACUUUGUAAGGGGAUUUGUAAGCCACAUGACGGUUGA